ACGCAGACCUUACCCCUACUCGAAAGUAGAGAGGCUGUUUCCAAAGAGACCCCCGGCUCAACGUCGAAAGUUGCAUUGCUUGACUAACUGCUACUUCAUUAAUUAAAGAAGCGCAGACAGUUUAGAGAUCCAUUUUGAUUUAUUCCAUCACACCCCAAAGCCAAAAAAUGGUGAAAUUUUGGCUCCAUCGGAGAUGAUGGAAAAAAUGAAAAUGGAAGAAUCAAGUAUAUGCCCAUAAUACCAACCAAUACAAUUGAAGAAAACUUUACAGAUGGUUCUUUAUGAAAUGAAAGCUCAGGAGAACCACACGAGCUCACAAGAUAACACUCCUUUGAUCAUAGUUUCACUCAUGAUUGAAGACCCACACCUCCUGGUACCGAAGCUUUUUGUGAUGUUGGGCGGCGGCGGCGGCGGCAGAGUAUUCUGGGUCGAGAGGGAGAGUCUUGCAGAAGGAAGAGUCGAAGGGAUUGUGGUGUUAUUCGCUUGGGUUUCGGUUCAAGAAACCCACUUGAAGAAGUACAUCAAUCUCUACUCUUCUCUUGGAUGGAGCUCUCUCGUCUGUUUUGCCGAUUUCGUUAACCCAUAUAUCCCGGAGAGGGCUACAUCACUUGCAUUUUCUCUAGUCUGCGAACUUGUUGAGGAGCUAAAGUGCAGACCAUGUCCAGUAGUACUUGUGGCAAUCUCUGGUGGUUCGAAAGCCUGCAUGUAUAAGUUUGUUCAGAUUAUUGAAGGGGGUUGUGAAGCACCACUCAAUCUAGGGGAAGAGAUCCGAAUUGUAUCCAAUUGCAUAUCCGGUCAUAUUUUUGAUUCCGGUCCGGUUGACUUCGCGGCUGAUUUCGGGGCCCGGUUUGCUUUACCGUCUGCCCUUCACAAAGUGCCUGGUUCUGCAAAGCUUGUGUCUUUGGUAGCAAGAGGUUUGACCUCUGGACUGGAUGCUUUGUUCCUCACUAGAUUUGGUUCUCAGGAUGCUGAAUAUUGGCGCUCUCUUUAUUCCACAGUUAGAUUCGAGGCACCUUUCCUCAUUUUGUGCUCUGAAAAUGACGAUCUUGUCCCUUUUCAAACGGUGUCCAAAUUUGCUCAGCAUUUGCAAGAUACUGGGGGAUCAGUUAGAAUUUUGAAGUGGAAGAGCUCCUCUCAUGUUGGUCAUUUGGAUAGUGAUCCCAUCCAAUACAAAGCUGCUGUCACAGAACUGCUUGCCCUUGCUGUCCGGGUGUUCAACCACAAAAUCAAGAAGCUAGGGGACCAAAUGGCUGCUUUUGAGGGCAUGCACGAUGAUGUUUCUGACUUAAUAUGCGACCUCCAAAAUGCGGCAGUUGACUCCAACGAAAGUCUUAGAAGGGUCGCGCUCGGCCCAAAUGCCCAUUUCUUCUUGCCGGCCCAAAACCUUGGCUCCUCCCGGUUGCUGCACCGGGCGGAGGGUAAAACGGACAAAUUGCCGCAUAACGGUACCCCAAAUGCGAGUACAGUAAAUGCCACCCACAGUGUUCUUGGCCAAAUGCUUUUCGACGCGUGCGUCCCAAAGAACGUCGAAGGUUGGGACCUUAAAUUCUCUGGUUCCUCAAAGACCCACCGCCACCAUCAUCUGUUGUUCCCUUCUCCCCCCCAGAAAAAACUAUCUCUGCAAAGUGCCACCAAGAAGUGCCGCCUUCUCCGCUCCAGGUUGUGAAUGAAUGAACGAACCCUAAGAAUAGCACAGCCAAACGAACCCUAAGAAUAGCACAGCCAAACGAACCCCAAGGUUUUAUGAGGUGAUUUUGACAGGCACCACUCAGGAGGAGGCACUAACUAGUAACACAAACUAGCCAGGGGAAAUGAGAAUGUGAAUAAAAGAGAGGUGGGUGGUAAAUUCUUGGGGGGUUGGGCAUAGUACUAAUUAUAAGCAUCUUUGUAUAAUAAUAUGUAGAAAUUGCUUAUUAUUGUGUGACUGUGGGAUCAAAGAAACAGGAAUCUGUACG